GCUGUCGCAUGCAAACAGCUACGGGGAGCCACAGGUCCAGCUAAUAACAGAUGCUUCAUUCCAUAUCCUUACAAGUUUGAAAAGACAAGCGAGGCAUGUCUUCUACGUUCCUGCACCAGGUGUCUCCACAAGCACACACUUCCCACCCCACAGCAAGAGUUGACCGAUGUUGAGCGGCAGCAAUGGGAACGAGUUCAGGACCAAAGAGCAGAUGGAAUUCACUACAAUACAAGACUAGUGAAGCACAAUGGCACACUGGCAAAGCUCAUCAAACUGUAUGAAGACAAACUAAAGAGUGAAACAACAACACAUGUGUGCUUGGUUCAGAACCAGUCCAGCGAAUACAGAAGCAUGAUACAGAACUACAAUGAAAGUGCUGUAAUUGUGCAUGUGGACUUUUGUGAGGCAUGGAAAUGCAAUUAUAGUUCUGAGGUACAGUCAUGCCAUUUUGGUCAGAGCCUCCCACAGCUCAGUCUGCACACUGGCAUGUACUACACAAAAGAAGAGAACACAGGAUUUUGUACAAUAUCAGAAUCCAAGCAACAGGAUGCUUCUGCCAUUUGGAUUCACAUGGAACCAGUCCUCAGAGAUAUUCGUUUAAAAUUUCCAGAAGUUGAUACUAUUGAACUUUGGUCAGAUGGCCCCAGCAAGCAGUACAGAUACAAGAAGGACUUCUCUAUCCUCUGCAAUGUCCCUCCAACACUGGGUUUCCAGAGAACAACCUGGAAUUUCUUUGCCAAUUCACAUGGGAAGGGAGCUCCAGGUUGCACUGGGGGAACUGUGAAAAGGACUGCAGACAGCCUUGUACUACAGGGGAGUGACAUUGUGGAUGGCAAGAUCUUCCAUGAGAUGGUUGGGAGAAGCCUUUGCAGUACUCAGUUCUAUCAUAUUGCUGAAGGUGACAUGCAGACAUAUGAUACACUCCUUUCUCAACCACUAAAACCUGUACCAGCAACAAAGAACAUCCAUCAGGUCAUACCUUACGGAAACAGCAUCCAUUGCAGAUCAUUGUCAUGUUUCUGCAGUGAGCCACAGAUGUGCCAGUGUUUCAGCCCAACAACAUUUCAGUUGACUGAAAAUACACAUGCCAGGGUAUAGGCUGAGGAGAAUGAUGGCCCUACCACAAUGGGAAAGAACAGAGGGCCGUUGGCAAUGCUGAUGGAGGAAAUGGAGCAGGAAUCCCAGAGUGGUCCUGAUGGGACUACGACAGAUAUAUCUGCUGGUGUCAUUAAUUGUGGAGAUUAGCUUGCAGUCAUUUAUGACCAAAAUUGGUGGUUAGCAAAGGCUGUCACUGCGGAUGCUCAUCACCAAGAUGUUCAAGUGGAGUUUUUCCACCCUCAUGGGCCCAACACGCGCUUUCGUCCAAAACCAGGUGGAAAGGAUAUGUGCCUUGUACCAGUUGAAGAUAUUCUGGUCAAACUGAUGGAGCUAUCAUCACCGGGUCAUGCAAGCGGGACGAGGGAAAUCUACCAUCUGUCUGCUGAAGUCAUGGACUUCAUAGAGGAGGAGCAUAUUAAUUGUCUACUUCCUGAUAAAGCUGACUGAACAUUUUCAAAGAUUUUCAAGCCAAGAAAUGGAUGGAAUUUUUUUUUAAGUUCCUGGUGUGUUUUCUGAUGUUUAUGCUUAAACAUUGCAGUUGUACUGUAGUUUUUAUUUUGCUGUUUACCAUUGUUGUUAAUAUUUACAGAAGGAUAAAAUAUACAUGACAAAUUGUUAUCUGUUGUACCCAAUUGUUAAGUAAAGUUGUUAAGCAAGGAAGCAUAGACUUGAGUGGUGAAAAGGUUGGAAUUGUUUGUUGUAAUUAGGCCACUGUCACCACAGUCAGGUCUCAGUCACCACCGUCGGAUGGAACUUACUUCGUUUUAAAUUAAUAGGCUUACAAUCUGUUC